UCCGAAAACGAAUACCAUCGUUCUAAACUUAUGGAAAUGGUUGUAUGUCUGAAGUUUUGAAAGUGUUUCUGAACUCCGGUUCGAGAUGAGCAGCAGCGAUGGCGCGGGCAGCGGGAGUAGUAGUAGCUGUUCAGACGAUGAAUCGUUUGUGGGAUUGGCGGUCGCGAGGUCCCGCCGUGGAAAUGCCGGUGCUAAAAUGGCGAAGCUUCUCAACGCUGAAGAGGAGGACGAAUUCUACAAGACCAGCUAUGGAGGAUUUAAUGAAGAGGAGAACGAUCAAGAUUUCGGCUCUGAUGAUGCGUCCGGUUCAGAGGACGAAGUGGAUUCCGAUUUUGAUAUAGACGAGAACGAUGACGUACUUAGCGAACAUGAAGACGAGGAUGGCAGGCCAGGCCGAAAAAGGAAGACCGCUACCAUUACGAAGUCGUACAAAGAUCCAAAGGCGAGAAAAUCGACACCACGGACUCCUAGGCCCAAAAGGCCUUGCCUUGAGAGAGACAGUGGAGGUGACACAUUUGACGUAUCUGGUGCCUCCCUUGAACGAAAGUCGAAACGAAAAUCAACACAAGCGAAGAGUGAGGCUGUUGAGGCACGUCGACGGGCUGAAGCAGCUGAAGCUAGACGACGAAGGCAUUAUAAGGUUCGACGCGAAGAUGAGCCUGAAAUGACUCAAGAAGAACUUCUGGAGGAGGCAAAGCAGACUGAAAUUGAGAAUCUGAAAUCUCUAGAAAGAUACCAGCAACUGGAGCAAGAAAAGAAGUCGGUGCGAACGAAGCAACCAAUGAAAGGUCCUAUGAUUCGAUUCCACUCGCUAUCGAUGCCAUUGCUCGAAGAGGUAGACGCACCAGCCGGCGAUCCUGUCCCGUCUAUUGAUGGAAAGGGUGAACUUCGUGUUGCCACUGUCGGCCGCUGUAUGCGGAACCUCGUUACAUUCCCUGAUGAAGCCACACUCAAAAAGCUUUUCCCGCAGACCAAGCCGAAACCUGCCACCAAAAACUUCUGCCCGAUCUCUCGUCAGCCGGCUCGCUAUUUCGAUCCAGUCACGCAUAUUGCAUAUGCUAAUUUACAGGGCUAUAGGGUACUACGUGAAGCAUACUACAACCAGCUUGAAAGUAAGGGUGAUAUGCGUCAACCAGAGGUAGCUGCCUGGAUCGAGUGGCGUCGAAGAACGAAAGCCGCUAGCCAACAGCAGGCCGCAGCCUUACGACAGAAACAAGCUGCCGCGGCUCAAGCAGCUGCACUGGCUGCGGCCCAACAACAGAACGCCUUACAGGCGGCUCAGCAGCUGGGUGUACCUAAAGGUACUGUGGCCAGUUUCGCCACGGUCAAAACUGUCGCUCAAACAACCGCUGCUGCAGGCCACAUUAAACCAUCAGCUGCUUCGCUCAAAACCUCGGCUGGUACCGUCAAACCCGCAGCUGCAGCAUUAGCGGCAGCUGGAACUCUUAAACCUGGUACCCUCAGUGGCUUCAUGACCCGGCCGACGGGAUCUGGCAGUGCUGUGCGACCCACCGCAAUUGCGGUGAAACCUUCGGCGCUUGCCGGCACCACAGGCCCAAAGCCGCUCGCAGCUGCAGGUUCAAGUCUUCGUCCAGCGAUUACAACGAUCCGACCCGUGGUUGCCACUGUGAAGCCAACAGCGGCAGCGGGUCCCGGCGUCGUUCAGCAGAUACAACAAGUGAGAAACCUUGGGGGUCAACAGUUGGUCCAGCAGCAACUGCAGAAGCCGAUUGCGACCGUCCAGCCAGUUCAGCAACACCAUAUUGUUCAACAACAGAUUCAGCAUCAUCAAGUACAUCAGAUUCAACACCAGCAACACACAGUGCACCAAGUGCAGCAGCAGCAGCUGCAGCAACAGCAGCUUCAACACCAACGGCUGCAGGCCGCGGUUCAGCCACCAGCCACUCAACACCAAUAAAAAAAGCUGUACACCUUGAAUUGCCUGGAAGGAUACUUUUUCAUAGACACGACAAGCAGCAAUAGCAGUUGAAACGUUUCAGUUGCGCGAAGCUGCAGGUCGAUACUUAAAUAAGCAAUGACGUGAAAUGCAGUACGGCCCCGACGCAAAGAAACUCGGGGAAAGAAUAAGCUGGGUCUGGACGUAAAAACUGUUUAUGUAGUUAUUGAGAAAUUCGCAAAUUCUAAGUCUUGCUUUGUUGAGGAGCAUCUGGUUAAUGAAAUACGAUAAUGUAAGUAUUUACCGUAUUGCAACAUCCUAUCCCAUACUGUGAGAAUCUUACGUACAACAUUAGUGAAUAUUUCUACUGUUAUACUUUAGCCUGUAUUCCGAUUUGUUUAGGUAAUAACCAGCGACUGGUGUAUGUGAUGGUAAAUAAAGCGCACUAAUUCUACAUGUAAAUGUGAAAAGCGCAUUUCCCGAUUUUAGAUAGCCUUGAGUACUUCGAUUGCCUAUCUAAAUACCAGCUUUAUACAUUAUUAUUGUAUUUGUUGACAAAAUAUUGCAGCAAUUAUAUUUAUUAUAUAGUUUUAUGCUCAUCGCAUAUCGGACGGAAUAAGCAGGACAACGUACAACGGAAGGGGUGGAAUUCUUUUAUUAUCACAAUGAAUACGUAGAUUUCUGUGUAUAACCAGAAAUUCUUUAUUGAUUG